AAAAGAAAAAAAGAAAACUCCCAAUUUCUUUUAAUUUUCUUUUAAGAAUUCAAUAGAACACGCUCGUUACUGGAGCGUGGUACAACAACAUUCCGGCGACGCUUAGCCGACGGCGAGGUUUUCACUGACAUUAUCCGUUUGCCGGAGGGAGACGGAAGCUACCGAAAAUGAGCUCUACCUGUCUAUUGUUGAAUUCAUUAACGCCGUCAGUGUUUCCCGUGAAAAGAUACGGCAAAUCCAUAUGUCCGUCGGAAUUCCGGUGCCGGAAAACCAGAAAGUCAUCAUCCCUGAUAGUCUAUAGUCGUCUUGAGAAUUCUAACGAAAGCACCAAUGCUCAACAGCAACAGCUUAACCUUUCCGUGCUUCGUUUCACUCUCGGAAUACCUGGAUUGGACGAAUCUUAUUUGCCGAGAUACAUUGGCUAUGCAUUUGGUUUUCUUUUGGUAUUGAAUCACUUUCUCGGUUCAGACCCAUCAGCCAUCACCGCAGCGCAGCUAAGAACGGAAGUUUUAGGUCUUCUUCUGGCUUUGUUCUCUGUUAUAGUUCCUUACCUUGGGAAGUUUCUUAAGGGUUCAGUUCUAGUAGAAGAAAGAAAUCUUCCUGAAGAUGCUGAGCAAGCCUUUGUCAUUUCAGAGAACAUAUCAGAUAUUCUGAAGGAGGAUUUGGCAUGGGGAACCUAUGUUUUGUUGCGCAACACAAGCAGCAUAUCAGUGCUUUUCUCACUUCAAGAUACAAUUUGUGCUCGUGGCUACUGGAGAACACCAAAAGAUGUAUUGAAAGCUCACUUAUGUGACUGGUUUGAGAAACAGAUCCAGCAAAGUGGUCUUCAUGAUUUGAAGGAGACACUUUAUUUUCCACAGGUCUCAGACUCUGAAGUGUGGGAAAUGCUUCCAAAAGGAACCCGUUCUCUCCUCGUGCAACCUCUAAUACAAUCUGAAACCUCAGCUUCCAGCCAGAAGUGGAAGAAUAAUGGUUUUGUGCUUGUGGCUUCCAGCAAUAGUUACGCAUACAACAAUAAAGAUAGAUCAUGGGUUGGAGCUGUUGCAAAGAAGUUUGGAGGCAAAAUUUGAAAUUUCCAUGUACUCUAUUGAAAUCUGUCUUUGAGGGAGUUCUUUCGAUUGUGCGACUAGAACUACAACUAGUCUUCGAAAUGCCAUGGCUGGAAUUUGGUUCUUUGAUGUGUAAGAAUAUACAACUAAUGAUGAAUCUUUAUAGAGUAUGCAAGGAGCAAGAAUCUAAAGAGGAAAAGGUAAAAAAAUUAAAAUAACAACAAUGAUUUAGGGCUCCAUUGGCUGGAUUCAAUGUUUAGAGCACGGAGAUGGAUUUGAUACCAAAUGCAACUUGAGCUUCCCUCGGUGAAAUCUUAAGUAAAACAAAUGCUGUUUACUAAUUACUACCUGUCAACCAGGUGUGAGGUAAGGGAGGAAAGAAGAAUUGCAGUAAGAAUGAAGAGCUGUCUCAAAUUAGAUUGGAAGUAUGAAUUUCGAAAAAAGGGUGGGGUGUGGGGGUGGUGGGAUAUUAUUCAGUUUAAGUUUGACAUCUUCUACAGAGUACAAUUUCUAUAUUCCGGCUUUUAGGCAACAUGGGAAAAAAAAUAUUCUCAAAUUUAAUCAGCUCUUUAAUAAGUUGCUUAUUGUGAUCCGACAUUUUUGUAACAUUCUUUUGACAGCAGUAUAUUGGGAAUUUCUCUCUUGGCUGCA